CCUGAUUCUGCUCUGAUAGUCGACGCCUCACCGUCCGCGGGCAGCAGUACACCACGGCCACGCUCCCGGGCUGGUUAUAAAAACACGAGGGCACACUGUUUGCUGUCGUCUCCCACGUCCAUCUCCCUUUGGCAGGGAGUCGUAGGCCAUCCCACACUCUUUCGACCAUGCAAACCCACAGGACCGCCGGCCAGCCUCUCAACUACUUCCAACAGAGCCCUGUCCGAGGCCAGCUUGAGCUUUCGGAUGGGUACGCGAGGUCCGGCUGGCGGUAUCUGCAAUGCACUGAUACCCCCAACGAGCUACGGGUGCUGCUACCGCCAAGGACGUCGCUGGUGUACAGCUACCUACUUAAGGCCGAGAUUCUUGAGCUGGCAAAGGACAAGGAUGCUGCUUGGGAUCGCAUCAUCCAAGUACGACACUUGAAGGAUCGGAUGAUUCGCAAGUGCUCCCGUCUUGCCAAAGACUCGUCCAGCUACGACAAGAACACUGGUCGCAUGAUGAUGUUCACAGUUCACGCACCUCCGGACUUCAGACUGAAGGAGAUGGAAAGAUGGUUCCGCGACCAAGGUUCGGACUUUGUAAAGCAUGUUUCGGCCACUUCGACAAGUACUUGCAACAAGUGCGGCCCGCUCGACGUGGAGCACGCUCAACCUCGCAAAGCUGCAACCCAGCCCGCGGUCACAGCGAUUAGCACGCGUACAGUCACUCGUUCCAACACCAUCUCGACCCGUCCAACAACCCCGACGCGGUCGCGUUCGAUGUCCCAAUCAAAGCCGCGAUCGCGAUCGGCAGGCGAAGGCGCGCGUGCCCAGGGCAGGUCGGCCAGCAAGACAUCGCAGGCAACACGAGUGCCGGAACGUGUCCCAAGGCGUCCGUCAAAUUCAUCAAGCGAUACCGCCGUUGAACACGAUCCGGAAUCAGUACAGAAACUUCCCAAGCGAAAGGAAUCGAUCGUACAGCAACCGACACCUUCGAAUUCUCGCUCGCCUUCCGCGUCCCGCUCGGCCAGCCCACCGGCUGUGCGCCCUUCUAGGGUACCCGAAGUUGUUCGGGAAAUUAGCACGCCUUCUCCAGUCGCAUCGCCUCCACAGACACCACCCACCGUAACCCCGCAGCGGUCAGAAGAAGAUUUGCGCUCACAGGUAUCUGCCCGCAGCGGCGCUUCAGCGAAGUCCCUCCUGCCUCGUGCCGCAAUUCAGUCCCCAGAACCGCUUCCCAUUCCUUAUCGUCCACGUGAGCAAACCCUGUCCCCAGAACCUGAGACCACCUCCGAUGAGGAGGAAGAUGAAGACGAGGACGAAGACGAAGAUGAAGAUGAAGAUGAAGAUGAGGACGAAGACGAGGAUGAUGUUCGGGACGCUGCCGGUACCCCGGAACCGCAGGAACCUUACGGAGCACCUGCCAUAGUCGAGAUCCCGCGGGUAUCGAGCCCGGACGACAGUACGUUGAUCGAUGCUCAGGCGGCCGACGCCGACGUCCCCCCGCCAGCGCAGAACGAGCCGCCAUCGAUGGGUCAGGCUCUGGAUACGAUCCACGAGCAGCCUGAGGUCGCCGAGCCCUCGCUAGGGCGGCCGCUCGUCCGCCGGCGGAGCAGCCUGAAGAAGCGGGACAGCAUGAGCAGGCUCAGCGCGGCGAGCAACAGCAAGUCUGUAACGUGGGCAAUGGACCGCGAUUGGACGGAGCAGAUGUCGAAGUUCAUCAAGUCGACGAACGAGGCUGAGGUUACCGCUUACGAGCUGGGCGAGCUCCGUGCGCAGUACCAGGAAGAGAUCGCCAUGAUGCGCAUCGUCUGUCACGACGCCAUGGUCGCGGUGGAGCAGCUUGGUUUGAAUACUGGUACGCUUCAACGCGAAGCGCUUGCCCUUGCAGAACAGGAGCAGAAGGUAAUCGUCAUCACGGACCACAUGGAGCAGAAGGAGGCCAGCUAUAGGGAGAGAGUGCUUGGCGUGUUGGAGGAAACAAGACGCGUUGUCGCGCUCUGCGACAAGAAACGCGACCAGCAGGACGCGUUCUGAUACCACAGCUGCCAUAAGUAUUGUAACACUAACUUGUACAUUUAAGAUAUUACAUAGACAUACCACCACUCGUUUACGUUUCAUGUUAUGCGCUAUGCUAUGCUCUGAUGUGUAUAGAUCCUCCUGUAAUAUACUAUGUAUGUAACAUAUACCGAUGAAUGCCAGCCCAUAAUAUGCAGCGUUGGGUAGACCCGCCAAAUGCUCAUAUAUAUCCUAUUCAAUAGCUAGACGUUGCGUAGAAGAAAUAUCAAAUAGUUCUAUGCUCUAAGCCAGUAAGUAAACGACACUAGAGCGAUAUGUGCCCAUAACACGGCGGGAAUAAGAAUACGAUAUUGCAAGGUAUCAGGGAACGAUGAAAUAGAGACAUGUGACGGGUAGGUUGUCAUCGAAGCGAGGAGCACGUCUACCAGUUCCGCUUUCGCCGCGCGUUGACCCACCAAUACCUGACCAGCCCAAUGUACACGGCGAGCACGAACAACGAAAGAGCGAGAACAACGAAAAAAACAUUGUACUUAUUACCGGCAGUCCUAUUGUUAUGGGGGACAUUGACAUUCAUAGAGAAGAAUCCUAUGGCAGGAGAUAA